AUGGAUGGAUGGAUGGAUGGAUGGAUGGAUGGAUGGAUGGAUGGAUGGAUGGAUGGAUGGAUGGAUGGAUGGAUGGAUGGAUGGAUGGAUGGAUGGAUGGAUGGAUGGAUGGAUGGAUGGAUGGACCAAACAAUAACACCUGAAAGCCACAAAAACUACUUUAUCAUUCAUAAAAGUCAAAGCACAAACAAAGAAAUCACUACAAAUGUGUACAAGCGAAUACCUUUUGUAAAGACCAGACUUAAUAUCGCUCGGCAAAUACUCUUGUCACCAUUAAAUUACUUCCCAAGACCAUACAAAAUGUGUUCAAAUGAAAAGGAGUUUGGUUAA